UAUUUGAUAAGUGACUGUACAAAUCUACUAUGGAAUAUCUUUGUCAAAUGUUAUGUUAUUAUUUUACAGUUUAUUACCAGAAACACCUACAUUUUAGUGCCAUCUCAAUCACGCGAUGAGACUCCAAAUCCAAAGAAUAAUUUAUGGAACAAUUGUAGACCAGUUUCUGCAUGACGCAUAUGUCUUUAGUCUAUGGGCACCUCUACCAGUUCGAACUAUGGCUCAGACCGACAUAAUUUCGGUCCGGUAUUUGAAGCGAAGAUGCAGCAUUUGUUGCAUUUGGUUGCGCUCGUGUUUUAUUCAGUUGUUCGUUUCUUAUUUAUGGUUUUUAUCGUGGUGUAUUUAUAUGGUUUGGAAUUGUUUUCCAAUAGUGGGUCGUAACGUAUAUAGCGAUAGGUAUAUGCUCUAUAAUGACUGGAAUUGGAGCAAUGUUAGCGCCUUACAUGCAGAAUUGCGACUUUAUGGACAACAAAAUAAUGCACUUUUUCAGUGUGUUUUUGGAAGCCAGUUGCAUCUAUAUGGAGACUAUGUAAACCCUGAUGAAAAUAGUAUCAUUAUAUUGAAUCAUCGCACACGAGUUGACUGGAACUAUGUAUGGAUAGCUCUAUAUCAUGCAGCACAGGAUACUACAGGAGACGAAGAUUGUAUAUGUAAGCUAAAGUCAACUAGGAAAUUUACAAAUAGGAAUUUUCUAGAUUGGCUAUCUAGAGGAAAAGCAAGACUUAAAUUUGUUUUGAAAGAUGAGAUUAAAAUAAUCCCUGGAUUAGGUUGGAUAAUGCAAUUAAACUUUUUCCUAUACGUGAAGAGAGAUUGGCGUAAGGACCAACUGAACCUGUGUCAAUUCAUAGACUAUUAUAAAAAGUUACAUUCCGAGUGUCGGCUUGUGUUAUUCCCAGAAGGCACUGAUUUAAGUGAAGACAAUAAACGACGUAGUAAUAAAUUUGCUGAGGCUAAUAACUUACCAUAUUAUAAUUUCGUCCUACACCCACGUACCACAGGAUGGAUAGCCCUCUGCACGCAGCUACGGUCUUCUGGCCUAGCUUCUGUAUACGAUGUCACAAUAGCAUACGAUAAGCCUGCUCAAACUGAGGCUGAUAUAUUACGAGGAGAAGUGCCAAAACACGUCUACUUUUAUUUUAAACGAUAUAAUAUUAAUAACCUGCCAGAAGACGAAGAGGCUUUGAAACGUUGGCUCAAUGAUAGAUGGCGUGAAAAGGAAGAAAAUCUUUCUCAAUUCUACAGAGAUGGUAAAUUUAAAGAGCCUACUUCAAAUAAAACAUUACAACAAAGAAAACUACGAUCCAUGAGGUUUGCGAAGAUAGGAUUUUUAUUUUGGACAGUUGUAGAUAUUAUUUUCUUGUAUGCCAUAUACAAUAGUGUAAUAUUUCAAUUUUGGCUGAUAUAUCAUACGUUCCUUUUUAUAUUUGUAACUUGGUACUUUGGGGGAUUUCAACACAUUCAAUAUAAACUAUUAGAAAAAAGGAAUAUGUAAAAAGU